UUCCCUUAUCGCAGCUGUUCUCCUUUCCUGUCUCCCACCUUUCCUUGACCCUGUGAUUCAUGGACCGUAUUUAAAACGGUAAAAACCGAAAGUGUACAUCUCUUACACUUAAAAACAACGGCAAAUUUAACAGCUGUGUUUUCCUCUCAGAAGUCUUUACAUUGAUUCUUAACUUCCGCGUUGUGUAAUUAUAAAACUUAGUCCGUUUAUGUGAUGGCGUAGAUUCAUGUUCACAUUACACACGUUUACAAGUUAGGUCGUCCAGAAAGGAGUGCAGAUAUAGAGUAAGUUGGUCGUCUUGCUUGUAAAAUAAAAACAACAGUCUCUAGCCUGGGUCUAUCCCAGGCAUGAAGAGGAAAGCUAACGCUAUGGGUGCAACUCUAAGCUCGAAUUCAGCCAAAAGGCGAAGUAAUACUGAUUCAACGUGGCUUUCAGAGGAACAAUUGUUCUCUGUUCCCCUGGAGAUCCUAGAAGAGAUCUUCCUAAAUCUCCCUCCCCAUCAGGUGGUUUGCACCUGUCGCUUAGUGUGCCAUCAAUGGAAAGAAGCAGCGGACAGUGAAUCACUGUGGAAACAGAGAUGUAGACGAGAAGGAUAUCACCUCUCUGAUCCCUCCAAAAUCCCCAAAGACUGGAGGUUGUUUUACUUUUUGUGCAAGACGAGAAGAAAUCUUCUCAAGAAUCCAAGAGGAGAGAAGAAAAUGAGGUACUGGCAUAUAACUGACAAUGGUGGUGAUCAGUGGACAGUAAAGGGAAUUAGGGUGCCACAUCCAAACAAGGCCGUCAAGAAAAACUUUGUGACCUCUUACGAAAUAUGCAGGAAGAUGCAGCUGAUUGAUUUGGUUGAGGAGGGUUACGACCCAACAUUCAUGGAUCACAUCCAGCCAGACAUCAAAAUAUCUGACUGGUACGCUCCACGAUUUGACUGUGGCUGUGAAUAUGAGAUUCGUGUAGAAUUGCUGAACAGUGAAAAGGAACCCAUCCAGAUUUUUGCCCCUGAGAUAAUCUACUUAGAGCAAUGGAAUGAUCAGCAAUGGCACCAGAUGACACAUGUUUUCAAGAACUAUGGACCUGGAGUGAGAUACAUCUGUUUUUCUCAUGGAGGAAAGGACACGCAGUACUGGGCAGGGUGGUAUGGGAUUCGCGUGACUGACAGCAGUGUUGAGAUUUGUCCAGCGGGGGACACAUAGCGCUGUUGGAUUCCUCUAAUAUCGGUGUCCCGCCUUCAAUAGUCCUUAUCUGCAGGCAGCAGUUUCAGGACCGAAGAACAAGGAUGCCUGUUUUGUCACGACAGCGCCACCCAGCAAAGUGGAGGAGCAUUGCAAUUAAACAAGUUAUAGGUUCAGAUGGACCCCAGAUUCAAGAAUGUAGAACCAGGACCCGGGUUUUUCGCAACUGCGUCAUUCAGCAAAUCAAAGAACAUUGCAAUUAAUGUGCUUGAGGUAACGCUACUUUGAUAGGCAGGAAUUUAAAGUUUACUUUAAGUACUUUAUCGUGAUAAGUGUUUUUUUUUCCAUUUUAUAGAACAGUUUCAUACAUGAUAAGCCAUUGUUUCCUCCAAAGGCUUUGAUCCCCCAUUAAAUUCACAUUCUUUUUCCAAACUUUUCUUUAUUUUACACUAAAUGCAACACAAAAACUAGAGAACAAAUAGAAGAUUUAGAACAAGACUAGGGGAUAAGUGGGGUACAGGUAUUCCUGAAGGCUUCAGGGACACCUGAGGGGGGGAGAAACGCAAGGAAAUGUAUGGUAAAUAUAAAGUUUAGGCUAAUGUUAGCUAGUUUCUAAUGACCUCUGUAACAAUAUUGAUAAAAUUAUUUAUAAGACAACAUUAGUUCCCUUACUAUCAAUAAUAUUGUCUCAUCAAUAAUGUUACACAAUCCCAUGCAGCAACAUGUUCUUUUAGCUUGGAUAAAAUUUAUAUCUUAUAUUAAACGGCUCAAAGUUAGCUCAUCAAAUACUUGCGCUCUAUCACUCGUCGCUGUCAUUAAUAGUAGCAGUAGCUAGCAAUCUGUAUUCAAACAAAUGCUCAUCAACAUUGCGCAUGUGCGCAAGCAGGGUUCUAUUUCUGUGGUCCUGAAACUGCUGCCUCUGAGCCUGCAGUUACACCCUUCUCCCAGCCUAUGUCACAUCUCUAAAAGCAGCUUUUUUUUUCACAAGCUGUUUUUCAGCGGGACACCAGAGUUGCCAUCAAAUUUACUGUACAGCAAAAAAAAAAAAAAAAAUCAACACAGUGGUAUGAAAGGUAUUCGGAGGAAAUGCUAUCUCAAACUACACAGAAUACUUAAAGGUAAAUUGCUUUGUAUUUAUUUAAUAAGUGAUAUAUAGGUCUAUAGGACCUACAUGAGACUCUAUGGGGCUGUCUUACUUUCGCUGCCUGUGCUCAGCUUUGUUUUGUCUUGUUGCCUCUGCCUGAUGACAACAUUAUGAAAUAUUUUUAUAUGCACUUUAUCAUUUUUUUUAUGAAGAGUUCAUCAUAUUGUCCUUCAUAUUGCUGGUUUCUCUACAUACUUGGCGUUAUUGUAAGCUGAAAAAUGAUCAGAUGUUCAGUACUGUGCAGAAAUUUUAGGCAUGUAGAGCAUUAACGGUUCUUCACAGGUCCUGAUGUUCCACAACCCCAGGCUGAAGAGAGGAGGGAGGGCGACCAGAGUCGGUGUCGACACAUUUGACAUGUACGUGUGUCGCUCAGCAGCCAAGGUCGAGCUUAACAGCAUUUCUUUUGUCCAGGCCUCUUCACCCCUGGUAAUACGCCCAGCACCCACCAACAGUUUUUAGGUGCUUGAGCAUAAACACGACAACCAGGGGGUUGUAGCAACCCUCCUACCCACCCUAACAGUGCCCUAGGCUAUAUUUAAGCACCACACCUACCCAUAACUCCGCCCUAAAGCUGUGGUUUUUGUUUUGUUUUCAUCAGAUUAUUUUCCCAUGCCCUUGGUAAUGCACAAAGACAUCCAGAGCAUGACCUGGGUUGUGUCGAUCCUCCUUCC